UCAGAGGCCCAGGACUCCAGUUACCUGUGUGCCACUCCUGCUCAGCCCUAUUUUCUCCAGCCAGGCAUGACCAGCUCCAGCCAUGUGGGGCUGAUUGGUGGCAGCAGCUCUGAGCUCCCUCCUCCCAUGCUUACUGUAGUCCAGCAUCGCUCUGGCAGCCAUUCUCCACAUGUGACAUCUACAGAAGGCAAGAAUUCUUUCUGCUCAUGGCCACUGGAACAAAUAGAGGCAAUCUGGGAUGCUGAGGGUCUGCCUAUUGCCCAGCUUUAAGAACAAGACCUGGGCACUGCUUUUGCCAUGCCGCUGGAUGUACCAACACCUGCUGGGAUGAGGUUUUUCCUCCAGUAUGCUGGCUGUUUUUUUGCUUUUUUCUCUACUGGCUUUUUGAUAGCAUCUACCUGGACAGACUGCUGGAUGGUGAACGCUGACGAUUCCCUGGAGGUGAGUACAAAAUGCCGUGGUCUGUGGUGGGAAUGUGUCACAAAUGUUUUUGAUGGGAUCCAAACAUGUGAUGAGUACGACUCCAUCUUCGCUGAGCACCCUGUGAAGCUGGUGCUGACCCGAGCCAUGAUGAUCACAGCAGACAUACUGGCAGGAUUUGGAUUUCUCUUCCUUGUCCUGGGUCUGGACUGUGUGAAAUUCCUUCCAGAUGAGCCACUUAUCAAGCUGCGCAUCUGCCUGGUGUCUGGAGUUACCUUGCUCAUUGCAGGUCUCCCAGGCAUCACGGGAUCAAUGUGGUAUGCCAUUGAUGUCUACGUGGAGCGCACCUCUUUGGUCUUCCACAACGUCUUUCUGGGCAUCCAGUACAAGUUUGGCUGGUCGUGCUGGCUCGGCAUGGCGGGAUCACUGGGCUGCUUCUUAUCUGGGUCCCUGCUCACCUGCUGCAUGUACCUCUUCAGAGAGACCAGCUCUGGAAGGCUCCACUCUGCAUACUCCUUGAGGAAAGGCUAUUCCUCUGCUGGGACGAUUGUAACUAACGUGAACUUGCCGUCCUCACAAACAGCAACUGCCAAAAUGUAUGCCAUGGACACAAGAGUGUGAGAAGGAGGCAGAGACAACAGAAGGAGCUCCACUCCAGUGGACUGUGCAGAUACUUGAGCUCCUGCAAUUGUGGUAUAGAUGCAAAGUUGAAUUUUGAGGUGUGUUGUAUGCUGUGCCAACCAACACAAACUCUUCCAGCCUUUGGCUCAUCACUAUCAGCGUGAGUGAAAUAAAUCAGCUGCUCCCACGUCAGCCACCAGCUCUCAGCAUAAAGAACAUCAAACUGGAAGUUGGAUCCUAAUAGAUGGAAGCACAAGUUAGGUGUGAAGUGAUGAAUUCUUGGAUUACACCAAGAAGGCACAGAGAGAUCUGGACAUGAUGGGCAUUUCUGUUACUCCAGCUUCCUGGAGUAGUAGAGGAGGAGCAAUCUAGAAUCACCUACUAAUGCGGAUUUACUUGCAGAUCUCAAACCGUUGAUUUCUCCUGCUCCCUUCCUGAAAUAUGUUGUAGCUGGGGAGACUUCUCAGCCUUUGUCCUAAUGGUCUUCAGCUUUUUUUAGGGUGGUGGGAGGUGCUUCGUGACUUGCAACACAUGGGUCAAGCCAAGCAGUGGCUCAGAGGACACUUUGGGGCUGACCAUCCAGCUUUGUGCUCCUCUAGGUGUGCCAGUAAAACGUAUGCAUACCCCAAAUACUGGCUUAACUCAGGAUGCAAAUUCCUCAAAUAUACAUGUAUACAGAAAUUAUUACAUAAACAUUCACAAGACAUUUUUGCCUUCAGUGUGCAUGAAGUAUAAGGGUUAAUUCUGUUCUCUGCAUGCUGUUAGCUUUGGAGGAUCCAUCUCCUGCACUAGAGGUCUAAGUAAAGGUCACAGCAGCACUUAGGUUUGCUGGGUUGAUGUUUUGUAACAACCAGUCCAAUGCUGAGUUGCUUCAUUCAAAUCCUGCUGACAGUCUAAGUGAUGUUUUGAUCAGUUGUUAAUAUGUAGUGGUUCAUGCACUGAUUGAUCAAACUCUGAAUCUGAUUUCAUGACUGCAGUGUGUAGUCCUCAUUAGUUCAUUGUCGUGCCUUGAUGCCAAUCUAUUUUAGUUUGGGUCCUUUACUCAUUAGCAAUAAAUCCUCCAGGAAGAACAUAGGAUUUCAUUUCCCUUUCAAAAUCACGACCCAAGCCUAAGGACAUUGCAGGUGAGCUCAUGUAUUAAGGUGCUUUCUUUAGUUCUUCCAAAUUCCUAUUGGGGCAGCCUAUCGGGGCUCUGGCUGGUUGUAGGCUACAGAGGGUAGCAAUGCCUUAGAUCUUUGCUAAGAUGAUUUCAUGCUCUACAAAUAGAUAUUGAUUACCCAUUUUGAUGCAUGCAAGCAAGAGAAAGAUAAUAAAAUGAUGACAUCUACAGUAGGUGUCCUUUCCUGCCUGCAGUAUAUUGUCCUUUCACUGUCUUGGUCAGCCUUGGCCAGAAGGGCUCUUACUGCAGCUCUAAUUCAAACUCACUCUUUGUAAAGGUCUUUGUAAGAAACAGACAGGAAUAGUUUGCUUUUACAUGGGAAGGCGUGCAGUUUACUUUUAUGCCCUUCCCCUAGGAGUAUCUUCAUUCACUGCCUUUGCCCACUGUGCACAAGAACUUGAAUGCAUCACUCCUAGAAAGGGACUCAGAGUAUACCAGUAUAUUGAUGAUGUGUUGUUUGGGGGCCUUAUGUCUCACCUGACUGGGAGAACAUAACCUUCUUAAAGACUGACACCUGCAUUUGAAAGAUAACAAAGGGCUGUGGGAUGCUUGACAAACAGCAUUCAAGGCCAGUCUGGAUGAAGCUUUGAACAACUUGGUCUAGUGGAAGGUGUCCCUGGGUUUGGAACUAAAUGAUCUGAAAGGACCCUUCCAACCCAAACAAUUUUAUGAUUCUAUGAUUCUGUUAAUCUAUUUUGACUUUUUGAAGGGAAGCAAUAUGUGUUAGUAGGGGUUGAGAUUGUGUCAGAGUUGACCCAGGCCAAGCAGUCUCAGGAGAUAACACUGUGAGGGGUUUGAAGCUCUAGUUUAGCUGUUUGCCCAAACCCCAAACAAUACAAUCAAAUAAUGGGAGUCAACUUACUGACAGGCCUGAGAUGAAGACAUUCAGUGGGUAUUCCACACCCCUUAUUACCCUUAAGCAAAUGUUAUCACAGUGGGAUACAAAUAAACAUUUGCUGAUUGUUAGAUGUCAUUUCACCUUAAUUUAGCCAGAGAGAAUUUUGAAACUUCAGUGACCCUGGUCAGAUCAUUAAGUUCUUAUCCUGUCCUUGUCAACUAACAUAUCUUCAUGCAGGUGCAUGGAUAUUUUCUAAAACAUGGAUUUUGCUACUUUUCACACACAUUGAUUUUUCUGUGAAUUCAGUCUAUCUGAACUAUUAUUUUCACUAGAUAAGAUUGUUUCUUUAGAAUUCUAUUUUCCUUACAUUUUGUCGUAUUUCUGAGAUACAAUAAAUACAGUUGCCUUUGA